AUGGUGCUGCUGGCCCCCUCAAUCGGAGCUCUCCGGAAGUUGCUCGCAGUUUGUGAGUCUUUUGUCACUUCACAUGGUCUUACAUAUAAUGUAAAAAAGACAGUGUACAUGGCUUUUAAAUCGGGUCCCAAAAGUCCACCAGUACAACCACUUUACCUAAAUGGUGAAGCCUUAACAAGAGUGUGCCAAUUUAAAUACCUUGGACAUUGGGUCACCGACGAUUUAAAAGAUGACGUCGAUAUGGAGAGGGAACGCAGAGCAUUGUCAGUUCGGGCGAAUAUGUUGGCGCGCAGAUUCUCCCGUUGUACAGACGCAGUUAAAAUUACAUUAUUCAAAGCGUACUGUACCUCACUGUACACGGGAGCUCUGUGGGCCAACUAUACUCAGAGAGCAUACAAUGCUCUGCGGGUCCAAUUUAAUAACGCGUUCAGGGCGCUGUUGCGGCUUCCACGUUUCUGUAGCGCAUCAGCCAUGUUUGCUGAUGCACACACAGAUGGCUUUGCAGCAAUAUGGCGUAAAAAGACCGCAUCCUUCAUCAGUCGGUUGCGUGGAAGUCGCCACAGCAUCUUGAGUGCUAUAGCAAGUAGACACGACUGCCCGCUUACGUGGAAAUUAGUGCAGAGGACUAAGUCCCUGCUUACUAUUAUAUAUUAA